CUCUAAAUGCCACUAAAGCUAACACACUGAACCUUUAAAUCUGACAUGCCUCAUCUGAAAAACCUACAAAUGUGGUUGUUUGAAAAGUUGUACAGUGAAUCUCCUUAAAAGUGUGACAACUGUUAAACACCUAUUAAAACCAAUUGAGGGUGGCAAAGACUUUCUACCUGCAAUUAUAUAAAAUUAACAUCCUGAGAUUUAAUAUAAUUGGAUUAUAAUGAAUGGCUUUGUUGAAAUAACUUGGAAUCAACAUUUUACAGUAUAAUGGGCUCAUAUAGGCGAGUGUAUCUCUUAUGACAAUAAGAUUCUGAUACAUCUUCUCUCCAUGUAUAGUUUCUCUAGCAAAUGGCCAUUGUUGGAACUUAAAACAAUCAGAAACCACAGUUUGAGAUAAUACGCAUAUUUUCACAAGUGCAGUGGCCACAGAAAUUCACAUCCAUGAAAUAAAGUUGCUUUCAUUGUGAGCUCUCUCAAGAGUGGGUUUACAAGGAUAUUUUAAAAACUGUGGCCUUGUUGUGUGAAAAGGUGAAGAGGGGAAAAAAGAUGCAUGGAAUGUAACAGAAUGCCACAGUGAUUAUGUCUACAAUUAUUUUGACCAUCUUUUGCACAUCUGAGUGUAAAAUAAGCUUUGUUUUUAGUAUGAAAAUGGUAAUUCAUCAUAAAGGAAACAAGCAUUGUCAGAAAAAUGAAAUGCAGGGGCAUUGUAAUGUUAAACUUUACCUUGGUCUUUUUUUUUUCUUUGAGGCGAUACUAGUGUGAGUGAGUCACAGAGUUUCUGAAUGGCAGGCUGGGUUUAUAAACCUCCGCCAGCCCUCAACACAGGAGUUUAGAGGCCACUUGUCUCUCCGGUCUGUCACAUAGGCACAUGCAGCAAGGUCUGGCAGCCUCAGCAUCCUUACGUUUCAUCCCGGAGGGCACGGGAGCACAAAGACUCUUGAUGAUGAGGUCCUUCUUCCUACUUCUCUUCUCCCUGUUGUUGGUGUCCCAUGGAUCUUCAGCAGUCAUCACAGGGGCCUGUGAGCGGGACUCUCAGUGUGGAGGAGGUAUGUGUUGUGCGGUGAGUUUGUGGAUCCGCAGCCUGCGUAUGUGCACGCCCAUGGGACAGGAAGGAGACGAGUGUCAUCCUAUGAGCCACAAGGUUCCUUUCUUUGGGAAAAGACUCCACCAUACUUGCCCCUGCCUACCCAACCUGUCAUGUAUCACCAUAGAGGAGGGGAGAUCCAAAUGUCUCUCACCAUACAAAUAUCCAGACAACUACCUCUGAGGAGUAGUGCAGUUACA